AACUACUUAGAGAAACAUCAUCGCUGAUUGGACAACAGUUUCCCCGACAAAUCAGCCAAUCACAGAGCAGCAUGGGAGUGAGUAUAUACGCUGCUGGCAGGGCUUCGAUAUUCACUUGUCAAGAGGCAUUGAACUACACAGUACAAAUUUAAAUCAUGUCUGGACGUGGCAAAACCGGCGGCAAGGCAAGAGCCAAGGCCAAGACCAGGUCCUCCCGUGCCGGACUGCAGUUCCCAGUGGGUCGCGUCCACCGUCUGCUCCGCAAAGGCAACUACGGCGAGCGUAUCGGCGCCGGUGCUCCUGUCUACCUGGCAGCAGUGCUGGAGUAUCUGACCGCUGAGAUCUUGGAGUUGGCGGGGAACGCAGCCCGUGACAACAAGAAGACCAGAAUCAUCCCCCGUCAUCUUCAGCUGGCUGUCCGCAACGACGAGGAGCUCAACAAACUCCUGGGAGGUGUCACUAUCGCCCAGGGCGGUGUGUUGCCUAACAUCCAGGCUGUUCUGCUGCCCAAGAAGACCGAGAAGGCUGCCAAGAAGUAAAAUACAUCUCACUUAUAAUACCACAAAGGCUCUUUUAAGAGCCACCCACUCCUCCAGUAAAGAGCAUGAAGUUUGUCAACCAAUAUGCAAUGGUAGAGUAAAAAUAUAGUAAGGGAUUUUAACUCAUGAUCAAAUUUAGGAAAAAUGCUACAAUGCAACUUCUAUUAUGAUCUUUUUCAACAUGAGCCAGUUCACUAACUUUUCAAAUGGUCACUCCCCCCCCCCCCCUAUAAAUGAGCUAAUCCAGGGGUAGGUAAACUUUUUGACUCGGAGAGCCAGGAAAUCCACAUAUUUUAAAAUGUAUUUCCGUCAGAGCCGUAAAAUAUUUUAUCACACUAAAUAUAAUUAAAUGCAUGCAUUAACGGACAAGUGGUAGAAAAUGAAUGGUUCGCUUUUUAAGUAACACCAUUAAUUUAGUAUAAUAAGUCUCUUAUUCUUUUAAUAACAUAAUUCAAAAGCUAACUAUCUGUUUUCUACUGCUUGUCCCGUACCCGGAGGGAACCUGCACAGUUACGGGGGCACACUCAAACGCCACACAGAAAGAUCUCCAGCCCAGGAUUGAACUCAGGACCUUGGUAUUGCGAGGCACACGCACUAACCCCUGUUUUACCGUGCUGCCCAUAGUAGUGUGUGUGUGUGAAAUGUACUUAUUGAAAUAUUGAUGGAGUGCAGGUCUUGUUGUGAAUUCAGUUUUUGAGAUGCUCUGCAUAGUAAUUAAUAAAAGUCCUUUCAAAACCAAUGUUUAGGAAUUUCGUCGACUAAAACUAAAUUAGAUGACUAACACAUGACUAAAAACACAUAUUGGUCAAAAGACUAUAACUGAAACUAAAUUAAAAAGCUGUCAGAGUUAACAUUGGUGAACAUUGUUUUACACUCGAUGUUUUUUCCUUUUAAAGACACUUUUUUUUUUUAUAUAA